AUGAACCCGCGACUCGAGCGCUUUCUGAACAUAAGCGUCUUUUGCUUCUUCGGCAUACUCCUCUUUUGUCUUAUAGUCCUUACCCCGGCCGAUGCCAUCUACCAGUGCUACGAGACAAGCCACCCCACAAACAUCUUCUUCAUCUCCGGCGGCUAUAUCAUAACAUUUAUCCUGACAUGUCUCAUUUAUGCAACCCGACUCUACACCAAUCGAAGCACCUUGACCGGUAUCCCAAAAGCCUGGAUUCCCGUGGAAAAGGAAGAUGUGAAUAAGAGUGUUAGGCGUUUGGUUGAGGAGGGCCUGACUCGCAGUGCCAUUCUCUCAUACCAAACUCGGCCGCGCGACACUUCUGGCGAAGCAUACAGCUUCGAGAACUAUGAAACUCUUCUUAUUGACCCCAAACACCCACCAUGGGGCCCUAUCGAACACCCCGGUUGGUCAUCGCCCUCAUCACCCGAUCUGCCCGAUCUACCAUACGGCACUGUCAUCCAGGAACUACCAAAUCUGAUCGAGGCAAAAGCUGUGUCGCUCGCUCCGGCUGAUGCUCUCGCAUCUGCCACUCUCUACCCCUACAACGAGUCUGUACCAGAUACACGCGUGGUGGAAGUGCUUCAACGGUCGAGUUCAAUGGAUCUACGACAAUAUAUCCUACAUCUUACCACAAUGGGAGUCAUAGACUCACUAGAACUAGGGGCCGACUUCCUAGCACUCUACGAACGAGCCCGGUUCUCUUCACACCAACUACACGAAUUCGAAUUCCGGGACUUGAUGCAUCUGUUCGCCGAGAUCUUACGAGGAAUGACCCUCCCAACGCCUGUAAUUGAAGAGAUCCGCGACAGUGAAAGCUAUCGACGCGCAGAUAGCGGGUCUAUCAUCGGACCUUCAGACGAAGAAGGCGAAACAGAUACAGUAGACCACUUCAGGUACGAUGGACUUCGCUCUCCUGUGUGGAGCGACAGCACUCGACCGUCGAAUGCGUCUACCUGGGAGACGCAGUCUGGCUAUGAUACCGCUCCUGCGGUGCAAAGUCCCGUGUCUCAGGCUAGUGGGUCUUAUUUUCCGCGAGGCCUCCGCACGCCGUCAACACGAUCACUGCGGCGUGUGCAAUCCGGACAGUCCGGUAGUUCUGGGGGAAGUGUGAUUCGGCUGGCCCAGCCACAGUCCCCCGGAGAUUUUCCCUACACGCUACACUUGCCAAGGAGUUGA